GCGAGCCACUGACGUCUGCGCGCGCACCUCCCCGGCCCUUAUAGUUACCCACAAUCCCCUGACUCCUCCUUUCUGUCUGAUCCAACAUGCCUAAAGGAAAGAAGGCCAAGGGGAAGAAGGUGGCACCAGCCCCUUCAGUGGCCAAGAAGCAUGAGGUCAAGAAGGUUGUGAACCCCCUUUUUGAGAAGAGGCCGAAGAACUUUGGCAUUGGUCAGGACAUCCAGCCCAAGAGGGAUCUGACCCGGUUUGUGAAAUGGCCACGGUAUAUUCGUCUGCAGCGCCAGAGGGCCAUUCUCUACAAGCGUCUGAAGGUCCCCCCUGCGAUCAACCAGUUCACCCAGGCUCUUGACCGCCAGACUGCCACCCAGCUGUUCAAACUGGCUCACAAGUACAGACCCGAGACCAAGCAGGAGAAGAAGCGCAGGCUGCUGGCUCGUGCUGAACAGAAGGCUGCUGGAAAAGGAGAUGCACCAACCAAGAGACCCCCUGUUCUUCGUGCAGGUGUGAACUCUGUGACCUCACUGGUCGAGAGCAAGAAGGCCCAGCUGGUUGUGAUCGCACACGAUGUGGACCCAAUUGAGCUGGUGGUGUUCCUCCCUGCUCUUUGCCGCAAGAUGGGUGUCCCUUACUGCAUCAUCAAGGGCAAGGCCAGGCUGGGAAGACUGGUGCACAGGAAGACAUGCACCAGUGUCUGCUUCACACAGACCAACCCUGAGGACAGAGCUGCUCUCGCCAAACUGGUGGAGGCCAUCAAGACCAACUACAAUGACAGAUAUGAGGAGAUCCGUCGCCACUGGGGAGGCAACAUCAUGGGUCCCAAGUCUACUGCUCGCUUUGCUAAGCUGGAGAAGACAAAGGCCAAGGAGCUGGCUGCCAAGCUGGGCUAAACUCCUACCACACGUCUGUUUAUGUAAAAAAAUAAAUAAUAAAAACCCUAAA